AAAAAAGGCUGACAUGUGGAAAAUAAAUAGGAAAAGGUCAGGAAAAGUCUUUCCCUGUCAGUAAUCAAUACAAUAACCAUAGAUAAAACUGUUCAACGAAAAGACAGCACAAGUGAGUGAACUUCAGGCAGUCACCUUAGCGCUGGAUGCUCUGGCCAACAGUUAGCCCCGUCUGCACAUUUUCAUAGACAAUCAGGCCAUUGUCGUCGGUCUGGCUGUCUGGUCCGGCCCAUGGCAGCAACGACGUUUCCUUGUGUAAAACUGUCCUGUCCCCUUUGGGGUAAAGAGCCCUGGGAAUCUCUUGGCCCGCAGACUCCCAACUUAUAAAUCCAGGUCACACGUGUCUCUAUAUAUACUAAAGCCACUAUGCAGGGCUUUGCCAAGACCCUCCUUCUUGGCUUUGGAGUUCCGGGCCUUAUUGAUGGUGACCGAGGCAUGCAUUUUACUUCUCAGGAUACACAACGCUGGGCUCUUGAACGGCAUUCAGUGGACCUUUUGCCUCCCUACCCGGCCUUAGGCUGCAGGACUCAGAGUUCCAGAGUGGCUUACUUCCACAAGUUCAAAUUCCAUUACACGAAAAUGGCACGUUUCAGUCGCCAGUCACACGCCAGAGCGAUACUCAGCCCGGCGGCCGCCAUCUUCCCCGCGAUCUUCACUGCAGCCCGAUCCCGUGUGUGGCGCGUCCGUCCUGCCAUGUCUGCCACAGAGGAGCGAGGGCCGAUCCCAGAGAUCGAGGACCAGGAGGAGGAUGAGUACCAGUCAGAAGAGGGAGACGAAACUGAGGAAGAGGUCGAGGAGGAGGAAGAGACACAAGAGGAGGACGAGAAUGGGCACGAGGGCGCGGGAGUGGUCGCGGGCCACGGGCCCCCCAUGGCGCAGUUUCAGUCCCUGUUCCGGGAUCCGGUCCAUUGCCGUGUGCACCACAGCCACUACAACUACCGUGUCCUGGUCGGGCCCCACGCCGGCCGCGUGAUGGUCAGGCGCCGCUCCCGACGGCUCUCGGACCCUGCAGAGGAUGCCGCGCCUCCUCAGGAGCAGGAAGACCUGGGAGAGGCAGAACCUCCUGAGGGCAGAGAACUAGAUUCUGCUGCUGAUUUUAAAUCGGGAAAUGUUUCCCACCACCUUGUGAUGCCAAAGUCCGUAUCAUUCGACACUAAAGAAGAGAGUGCACAUCAGUAUGAAAAUGCUGAGGAAGAGAAAGAGGAUGGAAAGGAAAAAGCAGAAGAAGGACCCAAAGUGGGUACGGUCUCAGCAGAGGGCAGCUCUGGAGAAUACAGCCUCAAAUAAAUUAAAAUAUUAGAUUAUAAACAAGUUGUGUGACGAGAGAGAUGGUGGCCCAGCCUCUAGUACGUGUUAUUGAGAGGACCUGACGGACGACCUCGCUUGCCUGGAGACCAGAUGGCGCUAUUGGCCUGCCAUGGAGCAGCAGCAGCAGCAGCUGGGAACUUGUUUGAAAUGCAAAUUCUCAGACCCUGCUCCAGACCUACUGAAUUGGAUAUUCUGAAGGUAGGCUGCUAGCCAUCGGGUUUUACAAGUCCUCCAAGUGCUACUGAAGCACACUAAAGUUUGAGAACCACUGCUUUAGAGCAAUGGGGGAAACGUUUAAGUACACCUACGGUAGGACCAGCCUUAAUUCACUGACUUGG